AUGCCCUGCUACCACAUCGUCCUCAUGAAACUCAAACCCUCCAUCACCCCCUCCCAAAUCACCGCCUGGAGCACCAAAGGCGCCGUCAUGGUCGGCCAGAUCCCCGGUCUGCUGAAAUGGAACUCCGGCCCGCCCCUCGAGAUCACCAAGCAUCGGACCCAGGGCUUCGAUUAUGGGCUUGUGGCGGUGCUGGAGAAGGCUGGGGAUGUGCAGGUUUAUGCUGAGCAUCCGGCUCACAAGGAGGUGCAGGUUUUAAGGUUGGCGCUGUGCACGGAGACGAUUGCGUAUGAUGUGGAGAUUGAGUGA